CUGUAGAGGUUGUGAUGCCGCAGUGUCCAGAGUCAUCAGUGGGUAAAGGAGACAGACUGCAUGAGCAAGUUUCACAUCUCUCUUCAGAUGUUUAGACUGUGUUUUAAUGACAACAAGGAACAAUUUGAGGAAUACAUAGACAUUACUCUGUAUAAGUAAAAAUAGGGCAAAUGAAAAAUAUUCUGAUGAGAAUAAUAUGUGAAACAAGAAAACAUUUGCAGGUGCCGUGGUGACACACCUCCAGAGUCCCUAGAUUGAUCCUGAGCUCCUGGGUUUCCUCUGGGUUUUCUGGUUUUCUCCCAUCUUCCAAAAACAUGCCAUAAGAAACGCUGGAGUGUCUACACUCCAGUCCAGGAUGUGGCAGCAGUACACCAUAACGUUAGGAAGAAGAAACAGAAGAAACCGCUAGAGGGCGCUUAUCCCGGAUGUUGAAGUUGUUGUUGCUGGCGGUAAAUACGAAUAAAAGAAGGCGUUGCUGAAGCAAAACAUCGUUGUUGUGAUGCUGCCGUGUCCAGAGUCAUCAGUGGGUAAAGGAGACAGUCUGCAUCAGCAAGUUUUGUCUGCGUUCCCGCUCUCUCAUCUGACCGAAGAUGACCUGGUCCAGAACCCUCUGUUCUGCAAGCUCCUGGCCACGCUGUCACAGCAUGUGGAUCGCACUGGCUUGACUUUACCCUUGAGAAAAGAGCUGGAAAAGGCAGAGAAGGAGCUCAGGUCGCAGAAGUUGGGAUGGCUUCGUUUGGAAAGCAUGUACAGAAUCCUGCAAGAGAUGGUGCAGGAGCAUCGCUUCAGCCAGCACCACUCUACCGCAGCACCAGCGGAGGAUACGUUCUACGUCACUCUGGAGCGGUGUUUGCUGGUGGCCCGGUGUGUCCGGCAGCUGGACCCGAGUAGUACUGUCGUCCAUGAUCUGCCCCUCAUCCUGGGGCUCUCUGCCGAAAAAGUGCUGAGUCAGCUGCCUCCACAUCAGGAUGUGUGGCAGAUGAAACAGAGACUACCGACAGAACUGCAGAAGCACCUGAAGAAGAAACUCUUUAACCUCCUCUCCUACUACCAGCCCGAGUGGGAGAAUGAAAGCGAGGGUCUCCGGUGUGUGAAACUGUCAAAGCUGCCAGGACUGCUAGAGAGCGAGCGCAGUAGAGCAGAGAGUCUGGCUGAGAAGAACAGAGAGAAUGGCACCCUGCUGCAGCGCCAAACUUACUCCUACCUCUCUGAACUACUGGAAUGCAUGCAGCUCCUGCAGACCCUCGUCCUCGACCUCCGACUCAAAGUACAGAAAGAACUAGACAGGAAGAAGAUCGAAUACUUUGAGGCCAAAUGUGAGAUUGGAAUUCAGAAGAUUAGGGCAGAGAUGCUGGAGGUGCAGCUGGACUCUUACACCCGAGAUAAAAUAGCAGCGCAUCAGAAAAUCACGGAGAAGCUCACUGCUGACCUGAAGGCAUGUCAGGUGGAGAAACAGUCGCUGGAGUCCAGACUGGCGUCCUUCGAGAUCUAUGGCAGAGAGUUUGAAGUCCUGGCGGAGGAAUAUUCCAGACUGCGGCAGGAGGUGGCAACAAAAUCCUGGGCACUGAAAGAAUUUACAACGUAAAGCAUUGCGGCACGAGCAGGCAGAACCAGUACGAGUCAGAGCCGGUGUUCGGAAGUGCUGGACUUCAUCAGUAGAAGAUGAAGAGUCGUUAAUUUGCAUGUGUCUUUUCCAGCUUCAUGAACGUUAAUAACAUCAUUCUGAGGAUUAAACUAAACCAUUAUGACUCGGCUCAUUAUUAGGAUGCCCUUCGGAGAACAUUCUUGGCUGAUUAAACUUUCUGCAUUUUGUUUGUGUAUAUAUGUAUGUUUAUAGAGGAAUAACAACACUGAGUUUCCUUUCACCGAAUCAGUGUGUCAAACAUUUUCCAGCAUUUUUAACUAACUACAACAUUAAACAUUA